AUGUCAAUUAAAAAUUCGUAUGCUGAUAUUAACUGGUUAGAAAAUUUCGUUACUAAAGAAUGUAUCACAUGUUAUGAGUAUUCGGACUUCAAAAAUGUACAACAAAUAGGAAAAGGUUCUUUUGGAAAUGUCGUGCGUGUUAAUUGGAAAACCACUAACCAUUCAUUCGCUUUGAAGUCUUUUGAUAAUGGUGAAAUAACUCUUAAGGAAGUUGUCAAUGAGUUAAAAUUACAUCGGAGCGUUGAUCUUCAUAAGAAUAUUAUACGAAUAUUCGGAAUUACAAGAGAAGAAACUUAUGAAGUUCAUUCAAUAAGAUAUUCAUUCGUUUUGGAAUACGCUGAUAAUGGUACACUUAAUGAUUAUUUAUCUAAGCAUUUUAAUGAACUUGAUUGGAGCGACAAAAAUCAAUUAGCAUUACAAUUGGCAAGUGCUGUAGCGUUUAUACACGAUUGUAACAUAAUUCACCGUGAUUUGAAAAAUAUUAAAUUAGCAGACUUUGGUUUAUCAAAAAAAAUCGACGAAAAAUCAAAUAAUACAUCAAAAAUCUUUGGUGUAAUUCCUUUUAUAGAUCCAAGAAGUCUGGAUAAUCGAAAUUAUAAAUUAAAUAAAAAAUCUGACGUAUAUAGUAUUGGAGUUUUGAUGUGGCAAAUUUCAAGUGGAUAUAAACCUUUUUAUGAUGUUGGUUAUGAUGGAAGAUUGAUAUUGGAUAUAUUAAAUGGAAAGAGAGAAGAAAUUAUUGAUGGAACUUACGUUGAAUAUAGUAAUUUAUAUAGAAAAUGUUGGGAAGAUAAUCCAAGUGAACGUCCAGAUAUACAAAAAGUUGUAUCAACUCUUAAAUCAAUAAUUUCUCAUCAACAAAAUAAUUCAAACAUUGAGAUUACCGCAAAUGAAAUAAAUAAAAAUUAUACGAUUGGAAAUCAUCAAAUGGAUCCGAAAUCUAAUGAUGAAAUGUUAGAUAUAAAUAAAAGUCUAUUUAUCAAAUAUAUCAAACCGAAUAACUUCAUUAAAUGUAUCAAUUGA